UUAUUAUUCGCCAUUUCAAUCUUGGGUCUCCAUGCCCAAGCACAAUCUGUUACCUUGAUAUAAUCAAUUUAUGUUUACUCCUAAUCUAGAUCAAGGAUUAUGCGCUUGAUGCUGGAGUGUCACUGGACAAUUGCUUGGCCUGUUCGAAGAUUCGUUACCAUCAUGAGCAUGAUCACACCCAUGACCCUGGUGUUUCCUCUGUAAGCAUUUGUUUGCGAAGGGGAGAUGGAUCUCUAAAAGUAAAAGUGCUGACGUAUGCCGGACGAAGGGACUACUCUCUAUCAGUGGAAUGCCUCAACGCUUUGCUUUUCAGAUCAAGGAUUAUGCGCUUGAUGCUGGAGUGUCACUGGACAAUUGCUUGGCCUGUUCGAAGAUUCGUUACCAUCAUGAGCAUGAUCACACCCAUGACCCUGGUGUUUCCUCUGUAAGCAUUUGUUUGCGAAGGGGAGAUGGAUCUCUAAAAGUAAAAGUGCUGACGUAUGCCGGACGAAGGGACUACUCUCUAUCAGUGGAAUGCCUCAACGCUUUGCUUUUCAGAUCAAGGAUUAUGCGCUUGAUGCUGGAGUGUCACUGGACAAUUGCUUGGCCUGUUCGAAGAUUCGUUACCAUCAUGAGCAUGAUCACACCCAUGACCCUGGUGUUUCCUCUGUAAGCAUUUGUUUGCGAAGGGGAGAUGGAUCUCUAAAAGUAAAAGUGCUGACGUAUGCCGGACGAAGGGACUACUCUCUAUCAGUGGAAUGCCUCAACGCUUUGCUUUUCAGAUCAAGGAUUAUGCGCUUGAUGCUGGAGUGUCACUGGACAAUUGCUUGGCCUGUUCGAAGAUUCGUUACCAUCAUGAGCAUGAUCACACCCAUGACCCUGGUGUUUCCUCUGUAAGCAUUUGUUUGCGAAGGGGAGAUGGAUCUCUAAAAGUAAAAGUGCUGACGUAUGCCGGACGAAGGGACUACUCUCUAUCAGUGGAAUGCCUCAACGCUUUGCUUUUCAGAUCAAGGAUUAUGCGCUUGAUGCUGGAGUGUCACUGGACAAUUGCUUGGCCUGUUCGAAGAUUCGUUACCAUCAUGAGCAUGAUCACACCCAUGACCCUGGUGUUUCCUCUGUAAGCAUUUGUUUGCGAAGGGGAGAUGGAUCUCUAAAAGUAAAAGUGCUGACGUAUGCCGGACGAAGGGACUACUCUCUAUCAGUGGAAUGCCUCAACGCUUUGCUUUUCAGAUCAAGGAUUAUGCGCUUGAUGCUGGAGUGUCACUGGACAAUUGCUUGGCCUGUUCGAAGAUUCGUUGUACGUACAAGCUUAUGCAAGUUUUCCUUUCAGAUUUGCACAAAUGGGGGAACAAAAUUGCUACGUGUUCUGCUGCCCUCUCGUUAUGGACCACUUCCAUGUUAUCCAUCUGCAAGGAGUGUGUAUGACACUUUACAUGGAUCUCCCAACAGAUUGAAUGUGCCGCGCGCGCAUGAACGAGAUCAUGCCGGUCGGCAGGAACCUCGACCGGAAAGAGGAAAGAGCGGGAGCCGGGCUUCCAGGAUUGCCUACUGAAGGAAUAGGCCAGAGACACCAAGUUUCUCCGUUUCUCCUUUUUCGCGGCCGGGGUGGAUCUCCAGUUCCAUGAUUUCGAGCUUUGCGGCUGCGUCCAGAACUUGUUCUUCAAAUGUUGAGGCUGAACUGUAAUUGAACUGACAUGAAACAUGAAACGCGAGACGUAUGUAUAUCGACCUGGCCGUAUCAUCGUUGGUACCUGGCCGUUCGGGGUCCUCACAGCUAUUCGCCAGGCACCUAAAUACGUAAUGCUGGUGGCGGGCUCUGAGAAUACCGUAGCUGGGUGCAAUUACCACACGCACGUAAAUUAAUUGAUAAACCGAAGAGAUAAAUCAGUUGCAAACCGCACGUGCGUACGCUAUGGACACGGUAUGUGAUUCCACUGCAUGGCCGGAGUCGGACACGGAAACCGAAUCCCGCACGUGUGGUGAUCGAUGGUGUCCGUCACGGAUUCCUAUCGAGUGAGUGCUCGUCGAGUACUCCGCAGCUUUGCCUAUAUAUUCAUAGCCUAGCUACCUACCUAGCUGCAAAGCAAGAGCAGACGUUCGCUGGAAACAUAUUAGAAUCGAUCAUCAGAAAGCUAGUUUGUGUUUUCACCAUCGUCCAGCCGAGAGAGGAGGCUAUGAAGAUCCGGCAUGUGCUCACGCAAUCCAUCACCUUCCUCGUUAUGGUCCUUGCGUUGUUGGUGCUGGUGCCCGAGGGAAUGAUGCUCGUGACGGGUGUCAAGUCACCGGCGAUGGCGGUUUUGUCCGAAAGUAUGGAGCCUGCAAUUAAGAAGGGUGAUAUGGUGUUUGUGCACAACAUGAGCAAUGAACCUUUCCGCGAAGGAGAGGUCGUUCUUUUCAAAGUUGAUGGCUUUGAACAUCCAAUUGUCCAUCGUGUGAUCAAGGUUUACGAGCAUCGAGAUACUGGAGAAAUCCGAAUACUCACCAAAGGAGACAACAAUUCAGUGGAUGACCGAUUUCUCUAUGCGAGCGGGCAGCUUUGGCUUCAACCGCAUGACAUUAUUGGACGGGUUGCAUGCUAUCUGCCAUAUGCUGGAUGGCCUAGUGUCUUCAUCAGUGAAGCUUAUAAGAUGUUGCUGAAUGGUGGAAGCACUACAACUCCAGAAGUACUAUGGGUAACAAUGUAACCGCGGCAGAUUUAUGUGGGUUGCCUCCAUAGUGUCUUGUUCGUGGUUAAAGUAGGCAUCAAGCGAACGAAGAUUAUAUAAAAGACACAUCAUUAUCAUAGUCUCCGCAAUAGAGUUAAUCGAGCUCCAUCCGUCUUGUUGAAGUCAUUUCUAUAGCACGGCCGACGAGAUUCCUUUUUCGAGAACACGCAAAAAGUCUUACAUUUAUUUGCACG